AUGGCAUAUUCUCAAAGUGUGCAAACAUUUUCAUACCAAGUACAGAAUUAUGGAGGAAACAAGCGCUACCUGUACAACGGAAAAACGUUUAAUACUGAAGCAGAAGUAAUGAACGAAAUUCGAAAUAGUAAUCCUGGUUAUAAAAUUAUUGGUCCUGGAAAUACCUACCAAGGAAAUAGCUACCAAGGAAAUAGCUACCAAGGAAAUAAUUACCUAAAAAAUAAUUACCUAAAUAAUAAUUACCUAAAUAAUAAUUACCUAAAUAAUAAUUACCAAGGAAAUUCUUUGCAAAAUACUUAUCAACAAAAACCCCCACAAAAUUCAUACAAUCAACCUGGAAAUUCAAUUUCAAAUCAUAUAGGUACUCCAUUUCCAACAAAAGGAUAUUACCCAUCAAAUCCAUCAUCAAAUGUUAUACCUCCAUAUAACCAAAAACCAUAUAACCCACCACCAUAUAAGCCAUCACAAAAUAAUAAACCAGUUGAAUCAAAUACUAUGUAUCCAUGGCUGGACCCAAAGAAAUUUAUAGAUAACAAUCAAUUCAGUGCAAAAAUUUGGCGUCAUGUAUGGGAAGGUUGUCAUUAUCCUUGUUUUAGUAAAAAUAAUUAUCAAGAAUUGAAACUGAGAAUGUUGAAAGAAACAAAUCAAUAUCGAUAUGCCCAUGGUGCCAAACCAUUGACUAUGGAUCAAUCACUCAGUAAUCUAGCCCAAGUUUAUGCCCAAAAACUUGCAAGUAUGAAAAGAUUAGAGCAUGAUUACGCUGAUAGACGAUAUGGCGAAAACCUUGGAAUGUCAACAAGUUAUACCGCUUACAUUAUUGUCAAACAAUGGUAUGAUGAAGAGGUAAAAUGGAACUACAAUUCAGCUAAACCAAUACAUGGGACUGGGCAUUUUACACAAUUGGUAUGGACAAACACUCAAAGAGUUGGUUUUGGAGUUGUUGAAGCAGGUGGUAUAACUUAUGUUGUUGCUAGAUAUGAUCCAAAAGGAAACAUAAUACCGUUCUUAAACAAGUAUGUUUUACCACGCAAUAGACAUCCAAAUGGGAUAUAUUAA